GUCUGACGAAACCAGGUGAAACCCACGGCCGUGAACUGGACUGGGCCGUGAUCUUCCUGUCACAGAGGCGCGUGAAGCAUGGCUGCCUGCCCUGUGCUGAGUCUUGCCGCUCUCCUCUUCCUCUCUGCGCCCCAGGCCAGCUCCAUGGUGCGGUAUCGACAGCUGGUGCCGGUGGUGCUUCUGGAACCCCAAGGGAGGGACUGCUCUCAUAUCUGGGUGGAGAGCCCCAGGGCCCGCAGUGGUGUGUACACCAUCCAGCCAGAGGGAGCCAGCGCCCCCUUCAAGGUUCUCUGUGACAUGCGCACGGACGGUGGCUGGACGGUGAUUCAGAGCCGAGACCGGGGCCGGCGGAGGCCCCUGGACUUUGAGAGGUGCUGGCAGGAGUACAAACGAGGCUUCGGAGACCUGAGAGGUGACCACUGGCUGGGGCUGGAGCACAUCUCUGGCCUGACCUCCCAGCCGGGCCUGCGCUCAGAGCUGGUGGUGGAUCUCCUGGACACGGACAACCACACACUUCAGGCUCACUAUGAUAACUUCCACGUGGACAAGGAGGACCAGUUUUACCAGCUGACCCUCGGCCUGUACUCGGGGAACGCAGGGGACGCGUUCCGGGGCUUGGGCCAGACGGACAACCAGGAGGGCUGUGGCUUCAGCACGCUGGACCGCGACCAUGACCACUGCACGCCCUGUACGGAUGGCGCCCGGACCUUCACCAGCUGCAGCCACGAUCGCUCGGGAGCCGGAUGGUGGUACAGCGCCUGCGGCCACGCGGACCUCAACGGGCCAUGGCCGGAGCACGCAGGGGCCGCCUCCGGCAUGCGCUGGGCCGCGGGCGACCACCAGCCCGCCCUGCGCGCCAGCGUGCUGCGCGUGCGCACCACUGCUUCCCGCAAGGCCUAGGCCCCCACCCAUCCGUGGCCGAGCCUCAUUAAAUGUUCAA